UGGUGGUAGAGUAUAGAGUUGAUAGGAUAGAUCCACCAGGCGGAAUUUGUUUCUCCGUCUAUACGAGACAGGGGCCCAUGCUUGGUAAUGAGUCAUACAUCCUUGAAUAUCUUCGUCCGUGAAUGAAGCUGCUGCUUCUUUACAUCCGUGGCUCAGUUCCUCAUUGCAUCACCCCCUGCCUCUGCCUCUCUAUCCGACCGAACUACCGCAUAUCCCACGUGAGCCAACAUGUCAAAACAAUGCUACGCCACCUCCUCCCCCUACGAAGAGAUCAUCGGCUACUAUCGCGCCGUCCGCCACGGCCAACACAUCUUCGUCUCCGGCACGACAGCAGUCGACCCCAAACCCUCCACCGGAGCCGUCCCGCAGAUCCUGUUCCCCGGCGACGCAAAACAACAGACCCGUGUGGCGCUACAAGAAUGCAUCAAAGCCGUCCGAGCCCUCGGUGGUCGAGGCCCCGAGGACAUCGUGCGCGUCAAGAUGUUCGUCAGUCGGCGCGAGGACUGUCUUGCCGUUGGUGAGGCGUUCCGGGAAGUUCUGGGGAAGGGUAACAAUGCCAGCAGCAGCAGCAGCAGCAGCAGCAGUGACGUCGUCCCCAUGGGAGCGGCGGCGACAAUGCUUGUUGUGCCCUUGUUGGAUCCGGAGAUGCUGGUCGAGGUUGAGGUGGAUGCUGUUGCGGUGGAUUAGUUGACUUUGACAUGAUUGAAAGAGGUUGGUUGUAUGGUAGGGAGUUGUGAGUUUGGGACUCAUUGGGGUGUUGUCUUCGACGAGUCAAGUAGGACUUGUUUCCUUGGUGUUUGAGUUAUCGUGUUGGGGGAUUAGUCGAAGGGAGCUUGCAGAUUGUAUGUUCAACUUUGAAUGGAAUUUGGUUAGAAAACUUGUGACUUGUUGUUGUAUCGCAGGCCUCAUAACAUGUAUGUACUGGCGUCAGCCGGUUGGUGAACAGUUCAUACUGGGCGAUUCCCUGUUCCAGUAGAAUCCCUGAACCAUCAUCAACAACCCAACUUUGGAGAAGUCAUGUGUGUUCAUUGAAGCCCGUAGCAAAAUUUGGAUUUCCCGUAGUCGAAUCGCAUCCCAUAAGCUUGUAUCUUGGACGGAGGCCGCAAAUCAACGAAACCUCAUCCCGUGCUGCUC